UGACUCGUAGCAAGAACUUGCGAGACAAAACUCAAAGUAGCUUUAUACAUAUACUGCUGAAAUGGCAACCAAUUGGUCCAUGCAAAAGCACAAGUGUUUACUACAAUGCUUGAACGGUUUCUUUCUUUUUUUUUUAAUGCUCUCAUUUUCCUUCACUUUCUGUAUCUAUAUAUGUGCUUUCCACUUCUUGAUUUCUCAUCAACUCCAUCUCCUUUUCCUUACAACUCGAAAAUCACAUAUCUUUCUCUCUCAGUAACCCUUCUUUUCUUUCAAAAAACUUAGAUUGAGCGAGCAAUAAUGGAUGUGGUUGGUGAUCUUUUGCCAUUCUUAGCUAUGGUUAUUGUGCAGUUUGGCUUUGCAGGUAUGAAUAUCACGUCAAAACUUGCAAUGGACUCCGGCAUGAAACCACUCGUUCUUGUCUCUUACCGGCAAAUCUUUGCCACCAUUGCGAUGGUUCCCUUUGCCUAUUUCUUCGAGUGGAAAACAAGACCCAAGAUUACUAAGACUCUUCUGUUGCAGAUUUUUUUAUGUUCCCUUACUGGGGUAACUGGAAAUCAAGUUUUUUAUUUUGUUGGGCUAGAAAAUUCUACCCCAACAAUUGGAUGUGCACUCACUAAUAUUCUCCCUGCUGUCACUUUUAUUCUGGCAGUCCUCCUCAGACAAGAAUCUGUUGGAAUCAGGAAGAUAUCAGGGCAAGCUAAGAUGUUCGGGACAAUAAUAUGCGUAGCAGGUGCUAUGUUGUUGUCGUUUUACCAUGGGCCAAUCAUCAACAUAGGCGAAUCCAGCAUUCACUGGAAAUAUGCAGAUGACAUGGGAAGCAGCAGUUCUGCUUCAAAAUCAAACUUCAUUUUAGGUUCUUUGUUUAUAAUGGCAAGUGCAAUUUGCUGGGCAAUCUGGUUUACACUCCAAGUGAAGGUCAGCGACAAGUUUCCAGCUCCAUACACAAGCACCUUUUUGAUGUGCUUCAUGGGCAGCAUUGAAUGCGUGGUCAUUGCUCUUGGUGCCAAUCAUGAAUUGUCCCAAUGGUCAUUGCGAUCUCCAGGCAGGCUCGUUGCUGCUCUUUAUGCAGGAGUUGUGUGUUCUGCUCUAGCUUUUUCCCUCACUUCAUGGAGUAUCCAGAAGAAAGGAGCACUGUACGUCUCAGUUUUCAGCCCACUGUUACUGGUUAUCGUCGCUGUUCUGAGCUGGGCACUGCUGCGUGAGAAACUAUACGUUGGAACUGCUGUAGGAUCUGUGCUGAUUGUUGCUGGGCUUUAUGCUGUUCUGUGGGGGAAAGACAAGGAGACGAAAGUGAAGGUUUUUGAAGAAAUAGAAGCAUGGAAGGGAGAGAAAGGUGACGUUGAAUUGCAGCUGCCUGCAAAUUCCUAUGGCAAUAAUGCUGCUCACGCUGCAAACUAAGUGAACAAACAGUGAAGCAAAGCAAAGUUCUCUGUUUCCAGCCCACAUUGCUGUUGCUUUUGAGGUGUAUGUGGGUGAUUUUUUUACCCCAUUUUCAGAGUAAUGUCUGAGGCUGGCUGUUAUCUGUUAAUGCUAGUUUUUGCUUAACUGCUAAGAACUUGAUUAAUUAUCAUCUUAAGUAUGAUUACUUUUGUGUAAGAUAAGCACAGAUCGAUAAUGGUGUGCAUUUUGUUAAUUGAAUUUUGGAUUUAUGCCC